CCGUUACAAAAAGUACAUCUCAACAAGCACAAAAAUCAAACUUUUGUGAAUACUUUAUAUUUUUAUUACGUAUUUAUUUGUAAUCGUUCGUUUCUUUAAAUAGUUCAACAAAUAACUUUGAGAAGGCAGUGCUAGUUAUGUUCUCGGAGUCGCAUUUGCAUUUCUCAAAGGCUACGCUUUUUUUUUUUGCUGCAAAUUUAAUUGACUGAAUUUGUUGUUUUAUAUAAAAGUGUAUAAAUUUUUAUUAUAUAAUGAGUUUUAAUGUUUUGAUGUCUGACACCUUAAUAACGUCAAAACCUUUUUGUCACCUUUUGAUGCAUAGUUUCGCUAAUUUAGCGGUUUCGACGAACGUCGUCCAAAACGCUGGUAUAUGGGCCUCUUCGGCGUUUUUUUUCGCCGCAAGGCCUGCCGCCGUGCCAUCCGCUUCAUGUAAUUUGCGCUAAGCCGAGUUUUUCUACGCGCUCUCGAUUACGCCGAUUAUCACCGGCUACGUCUUCGUACGAACGUAUUCAAAAUGAUGGGCGAUCAGGAAGACUACGAUGUUGAGUACGUCGAUAACUACGGCUACCCGAUCCACGAUGGCGAUCUUCAUGGAGGCUACAAGCUCACCGAGGCCAUGCAGAGCACACUCGUGUUCCUCAAGAAGGCCAUCCAGGAGAGAAACCUGUACGAGAUUCAGAGCAUCUACGAGAACAACCUCGCCAAGCUGAUGGAACAGCACAGCAAGGUGAUGCCGCCACCAAACUCCAAAGAAAUGGCCCUCAUCUUAGAUGAUCACAUCUUCAUGAUUCUGUACAAGGAGUUGUACUACCGCCAGAUCUACGCUCGGGGGUCCCCGAAGAUUGACGAGAGAUUUGAGUCGUACUACAACUACUGUGCCCUCUUCAAUUACAUAUUGAGCACUGAUGGACCUGUGGCGCUGGUACUUCCGAACCAGUGGCUGUGGGAGCUCAUCGAUGAGUUUAUUUAUCAGUUCCAGUCCUUCAGCCAGUACCGUAGCAACCUAAGCAAGAAGUCUCCCGAUGAGAUUGAGCAGCUCAACACCAACCCCAAGAUCUGGAACGUCCACAGCGUCCUCAACGUGCUCCACUCUCUCGUCGACAAGUCCAACAUCAACCUCCAGCUGGAGGUUUACACCCAGGGAGGGGAUCCUGACAGUGUGGCCGGGGAGUUUGGCCAGCAUCCGCUGUACAAGAUGCUGGGCUACUUCAGCCUGGUGGGGCUACUUCGUCUGCACUCGCUGCUCGGCGACUACUACCAGGCCGUCAAGGUGCUCGAGAACCUCGAACUCAACAAGAAGAGCCUGUACUCUCGGGUUCCGGCCUGCCAGAUCACGACGUAUUACUACGUGGGGUUUGCGUACCUGAUGAUGCGGCGCUACGCGGACUCCAUCCGCACCUUCUCCAACAUCCUGGUCUACAUCCAGCGUACCAAACACAUGUUCCCGACGCGCACGUAUCAGGGCGACCAGAUCAACAAGCAGACGGACAAAAUGUACGCCCUGUUGGCCAUCUGCUUGACGCUGCACCCGCAGCGCAUCGACGAGAGCAUCCUGUCUCACCUGAAGGACAAGCACGGAGAGCAGAUGAACAAGAUGCAGCGUGGGGACAAGGCCGUAUUUGCCGAGAUCUUCAGUGUGGCCUGCCCCAAGUUCCUGAACCCGGUGCCGCCACCCCUCACCCCUGCGACUCUCGAGAACAAGGAUGUGAGAAACUACGCCAAGGAGCCUCUUCAGCAGCAGCUCAAUGUCUUCCUCAGUGAGGUUGAGGGGCAGCUCAUGAUUCCAACCAUCAGGAGCUUCCUGAAACUGUACACCACAAUGCCCGUCUCAAAACUGGCAAGCUUUCUUGAGGACAGUGAUAUAAAGACUAGAAACUUCCAUUGUCACCUCCUCAGCUUCAAGCACAAAAUGAAGAACGUCGUCUGGACCAAAGGCUCGAGCAGCUUGGAUGGUGAAUUCCAGUCAGGCUCGGAUGUCGACUUCUUCAUUGACAGGGACAUGAUACACAUAGCUGACACCAAGGUGGCCAGGCGCUAUGGUGACUUCUACAUCCGCCAGUACCACAAGUUUGAGGAGUUGUACCGGACUUUGAGUGGUCUGCAGAUGUGAACGAGUGCCCACAGCACUGCCACGUGGAAUUGAAGACUGUUUCGAUAAAAAAAUGAAGAAAAGAAAAACACGCACAGCUUGCAUUCCUUUUUGUGUUUAUUCUUUGCACCGGGCUGUGCAACUGCCAUGCAUAAAAUUUCACAUUCUGAAAGACUACUCGCGAGUGCCACUGCUACACUUAAUUGUAAAGGUCUGCAUUCAUGCGAAAUUUUGAAUAUUUUUUAAAGAGUGUUUUUGGUAUUCGAUUCCCACCAGAAUUUUACUAUUCGAACUUCCCGAAGAUAAGUGCACUCAACGUCCAAUUAACAGUGGCCUCUUCAGAUAUUUAAUAUGCUUCACCCCAUCACACUUAUUGCGGCAAAGCUGCCAUUCAGGCUUAAGCACAGUCUCAAAUAUAUUGGCUGAAAGAAAACGCCCAUUCCAACAUUGAGAUUAUAUAUGUGGCAGAGGUGAGGCUCAAUUAACACUGUUUUGGAUCUGAAAUUUAAACAGGAAGUCCGAAAAAUAGUAUGCAGGAAGCUUUUAGCAUCCAAAAUUUCAGGCGCGCUUGUAUAUGUUGAUGUCUAGGACGCAGAUUUGGAACUCUGCCCUCAAAGUGAGCCCGCUCUUGUUUGCCACAUGAUUUGGGCUUCCAGAAAAGUAUGAAAAGGAGGGGAGGCUGAAGAAAUGGCAUCUUUGCCUUUUAUGUGUAAAGUGUUGAUGGAAACUCUUUGUCUGCAUCAAAUCAGGUACAUAAAUAUGAUUUGGCCUGUG